AUGGAGGCUGAAAGUGGUUCAACAAAAAAUGAGACAAAAUCAAUUAUUGAGGCAGCAGGUUUUGCUUUCAAUCAAGCAAAAAACCAAGAUCAUUUGUUAUCAAAAAGUCGUUCUGAAGUGGUUUAUAAAAAAGAUCAAAUUUCUUUUCCAAAGCCAAGAGUUAGAGCAAAUUCUAUCCUCGAAUUUAAUUCGGAAUUUUCUCCACAGUAUCAACCACAACAAUAUCAUCAAAAGUUUCGAAGUUACUAUAAUAAUAAUUCACAAUAUAACCAAAUCAAUUCUGGAUUUGCUACCAAAUCAUCAAAUGCUUCUCGUAGAGCUUGGUCUGAUAUUACAUAUAUCCCACAUGAUACUCGUACUGAAUUAACAAAUUAUAGUGACCCAGGUCCUCAAGUAUACAAUCCACAAACAUUUAACUUUCCUCGUCAUGUACCAACUGCCACAAUCUAUGAAAAUAAUCACAAUUAUUAUCCCAAUCAACCUUCUUUAUAUGGCGAAGCCAGAUCACAUAAGCCUAGAAUUGCAGCUAGUGCUAUGGUGGAUAUUGGUGAUAAUGUAGCACAACCAAUAACAACCACAACUGUUAAGCCAAGAAAAGCUGAGCUCGAUGAAUUAAUGAAGUUAUCAUCUGAUCCAAAAGUUCAAAGAAAAUUUCUUGAUCUUCGAAUUUCUAAUAAAUCACUCCUAACACUCAAUGUUACACUUGAAUCUACUGUCAAAGAACAAUCUGAUAAACUUGCAACAAUUCCAUCAUUUGAAGCUAUGAUGGAAACACAACAAAAACAAUUAGAGCAUCUUAAUAAAGUUGAAGAGUUGAUUAAUACAUUGUCAACUAAAAUGACUGAACAAGAUGAUGAAAUAAAGGUCAUAAAAAGCCAAAUCAUAGAGAAAUCAGAUGAAAAAGGAAAGACACAAAGAGCUCUAUUCUAUGAUCCGAAAUCUCUUCCAUUAAAAUCUCUUCCAAAUAUUAUUUUCGACAGAGUAUAUGAUGACGUCACAAUCCUCUUUUCAGUGGUGACUUCUUUACUAUAUACUGUUUAUAUUUUUCCUGUUAUUGUUAUGGCAAAAACUGCUCAACAACUAGUUGAUAAAUCCAGAGACAAGUUGGCAAUAGUAAUUUUACAAUUAACAUGUUUGAGCAGUUACAAAAAAUAUAAGAAUCAUGAAGAGCCAUUUGACCUUGAUAUUGUUUGCUGUUCAGAAGACCCUAGAAGCUGGUGGAAUCUUAUUGACACAGAUUCACAACCAGACACUCUUCCAACAUUAGCAUGUCAUCUGUUUUCAAUAUGCCCAAAUUCUGCAAGUUGUGAAUAUGAUAAUGACAAUGAAAGUGAGGGUGAAGGUGAAGGUGAGACUUCUUUUUUCAUAAAUAGUGAAACGAUACCUGAAGAUAAUUGUAUCAUUUUGAUUGAAAAUGUGUGGAUUGAAAAAUUUGAUGAAAAAGGAAUUUUAGAUUACAAUAUAGAUGAUUUAUUAGGUGAAUUUGUUAGUGAAGAGAAAACAAUAGAUUUUUGGGAUAAAUUUAAUCAAUGUGCUUAG